UAAUUCCGCCAUCUGUAAAACCGCCACCAAAGCAACUCACGCCAGUGUGUGUGGAAAAACCCCCGCUGGUCCGCUUCCGCUCCCAUCAGAUCGGAUCACUCGACGAGCCCUCUCGCCUCCCUCGCCAAUCGCCAUGGCGGCGCUGCUGCUGCGUAGGCUCGCCGGGGCCCACCGCGGCCGGGCCCCACUGGCCGCCGGCGCCGCCGCCUGCGGUGGAGCCGCGCUGUUCUACGCCUCAUCUCCCCCCGCCGUCGCGCACAUGGAGGAGAAGGGCGAGGAAGCUGCUGAGAAAGCUGCACUUAACCCUGAUAAGUGGUUAGAGUUCAAGCUCCAAGAGAAGGCAAAUGUUAGCCACAACUCACAGUUAUUCAGAUUUUCAUUUGACCCAAAUACUAAGCUGGGCCUUGAUGUUGCCUCGUGUCUCAUCACAAGGGCUCCUAUCGGUGAGGAAGUGGAGGGCAGAAGAAAAUUUGUUAUUCGCCCGUAUACGCCUAUCUCUGAUCCAGAUUCUAAAGGAUAUUUUGACCUAUUGAUCAAGGUUUAUCCUGACGGGAAAAUGAGCCAGUAUUUUGCAAGUUUGAAGCCAGGAGAUGUUGUUGAAGUCAAAGGGCCCAUUGAAAAGCUCAGAUAUAGCCCGAACAUGAAAAAACAGAUUGGCAUGAUUGCUGGUGGUACUGGUAUAACACCGAUGCUGCAGGUUGUAAGGGCUAUCCUAAAAAAUCCUGAUGACAACACUCAGGUCUCUUUAAUUUAUGCCAACGUAUCGCCAGAUGAUAUCUUGCUCAAAAGGGAAUUGGAUAGACUUGCCAGUAGCUAUCCUAACUUCAAGGUGUUCUAUACAGUUGAUAAGCCAUCAAACGACUGGAGGGGUGGUGUUGGUUUUAUAUCCAAGGACAUGGUUUUGAAAGGUUUGCCAGGCCCAGGGGAGGAUUCUCUAAUUCUUGUUUGUGGUCCACCAGGAAUGAUGAACCACAUCUCUGGAGACAAGGCAAAGGAUAGAUCACAGGGAGAGCUCUCCGGCCUUCUGAAGGAUCUAGGAUACACCGCAGAGAUGGUAUACAAGUUCUGAGAGAACAGUAGAUUCUGCUGACAUACUUUUGCUGCGCCGGCAGUGAAUAAAACACACCUGAACCUUUGGUUUCCUUCGCUGCGGCAUUUGGUUCAUGAACUGGAUUACAGUUUUGACAAUUUGACCUGCUUCCUCCGAAUAAUGUUCGUUCGUUCGAGGAUUCUAGGUUUUCUGUUAGCUGGACGUUGAGCAUUGAGCUGAAGAUGGCAGGCUGGCAGCGCUGCGGAGUGCGGAUGGCACAUCGCUGCUUGCUCAGCCUGUGCGUGCUUGCGAUGUUUACGUAAAGAAAAACCCGUACUUUGUUUGGCAGUUCAGAUAAAGCUCUCGGAUUCUGUUACUCGGCAGUCGGCAGUUGUUUC